AUGCUCAUCCGAGUCCACGCCCUCCCAGACCCCCGCCCUCACCCCACCCACCUGCGAGACGACCGCUGUCCCGCGCCGCGUCUUCACCUCCACGGGCACCACCUCCCAGGCGGUGACGCCGCCGGCCUGCGCGCGGCGCGCCCGGGCCGCGCUCUCCAGCGCGUGCGCGUCCUGCUCGGCGCGCGUGAUGCCGUGCUCCUCGGCGCACAGCUCCGCGCACUCGCCCAUGUGGAUGUCGUGGUGCGGGUCCCACAGCCCGUCGGCCACCAUGCCGUCCACGAGCUGGCGGCGGCGAUGGUCAGCGCCUUCAUCCCGGAGCUGCACACCUUGUUCACCGUGGUGCAGUCGGCGGAGAAGGGCAAGCCCGCCUUGAGGGCCGCCUGGCGCGCUGGGGCCUGCCCCAGGUUGGCACUGAGUGUGUGUGUAGGAGGUGUGGGUGGGUGGGGGGGCACAGAGUGA